UCUCCCUCCUUUCCGCUCUCUCUCUUCACAAGAUUCUCUGCUAAAAUUUUCAUCUCUGUUCUCUCUCUCUCUCCUCCUCCAUAAAUGGAGGCUGUUGCGGGCUGAUCAUAAUCAUUCGCGGUCGAGUUUUCGCAAGUUCUCCGUCCUCUAGCUUCGUUCGCCUCAAGAUUUCGCAAUUUCAAUCUUCUUCAUCAAGUAAGUGCGUGGAAGCUCCUCAGAACGAAACGUACUCAGAUCACCCCCGCAAUUUUUGCUUCCUAGCUCUAAGGUAAUACCGGAAAACAAAAGAAAAGAAAAUGUUUGACGCUUGGUUAAAGGGAAAGUUCUAUUCCAAAUGCAAGGCGGGAAUCAAGCUGACCAAGACUCGCGUAGAUUUGAUACGGAGAAAGAGGAAUGCAAUGCAGAAGUAUUUAAGGAAUGAUAUUGCGGACCUUCUCAAGAAUGAUUUAGAUACGAAUGCAUAUGGAAGGUGUGAAGAUCUUCUUGUUGAACUCAACCACUCAAGGUGUUAUGAUUUAUUGGAUGAGUAUUGUGAACAGAUCUCAAGCAAUCUUUCAAUCAUGAGUAAACAGAGGGAAUGCCCUGAGGAUUGCAAGGAAGCCGUGUCGACUUUGAUGUUUGCAGCAGCAAGAUUUGGCGACGUGCCAGAAUUGCGCUAUCUGAGAACCAUAUUUGCUGAGAGAUAUGGCAAUGCCCUCGAUUGUUUCGUUUACAAAGAGUUUGUUGAAAAGCUCAAGUCUUUGAGACCAUCCAAAGAUAUGAAGCUUCAGUUGAUGCAAGAUAUAGCAUCUGAGUGGGGUAUAGACUGGAAUUCAAAGGCCUUGGAACAGCAGUUGUAUAAGCCACCUGCAAUUGAACAAGACUCGUUCAUGAAUGGCAAUGAAGAUGAAAAAGCUCAGAAGAAAGGAGAGAAUCAUCAUCUUUCCAAUAGAGAUCCUGAAAGAGAAUCUGAGGCGCCAGUAUAUCAUAAUCCAAUCCCCCCUCCCUACACUAAAUCAAGAGAAGAAAAAAUGAAAGGUGCUUUGGGUAGGGAUGUUCAUGAACAAAAAGGCCAGGAAAAAGACAGUGAUGAUAAAGAAGCCAGGCCAAAGCCAAAAUCAGUUAGGAGGAUACGAAACCGGGCACUUAGUGAUGAGAGACUGAGUUCAAGAGAUGAAGACAGCAAUCAGAGAGAUGAAGAGAUGAAAAAAUUGGACUCACUUUUGGACCAUUACAGCAGAAAAAACAGUGCAGCUGGUAAACCAGACACAGAAACAAAGCCAUCAUCCGAACAAAACGAAGCUAGCUCCAGCAGAAUCCCAAACCGAAGAUCAGUAGAUGCCUCUCCAAGUAGAUCAAACUCCCUCCCAAUUGAAACGCAACAAUCAAGUCCAACUGAACUUCCAAAAGGGCAUGCCAGAUCGGUCUCAUAUCACGCUGAGACGUGUAAUCCAAAAGGACAUGUCCAUCCAAAGCUGCCAGAUUAUGACGACCUCGUCGCUCUGUUGGCAGCUGCCAGAGCAAGCAUGAAAGAAUGAUGCAGUUCUUGCUGCAGAAUGUUAAAUUCUUACAUAGUUUGAUUCUCAUCACAGAUAUAUAUAUUCUUUAAUUUGUUUGCAUGAUAGGCCUUAUCAUCAGGAAUCAUUGUAAGUAAACAUGUGAUCUGUACAAAAGCUCAGAUUCUAUAUCUUAUAGAGUUACAGAUAGAAAGUAUGAAAUGCUUCAUUGUUUCAAAUCC